UUGUGUGACAGCAGCAGCGCACAGAAGCAGCAAUGAAAUGCAGUUAGCAAUACAGCUGGGAGACAGGCAGCGAGGCAGGCACCGGGCCAGCAACUAAAAUGAUCCUACCGUGAGCCAGCCUGCAGCGCUUCCAAAAGUGUCUGACUACUACACAGGAGCUCGGCUUUCUUUGCAAUUACUCCAGCUCCCCCCCGGGUGACUGCAGUGCGUCCUCUGUUUUGGUUCUGUUUGCCUUUUUUCGUUGCUGGUUGUUUCUAGGGUGUUUGUUGUUUGUUUUCGUUUUGUUUUUGUGGUUUUUUUUUCUUGGUUGUUUUGGUGGUUUUUUUUGGUAGUAGUUUUUUAUUGGUUUUUUUUAUUAUUAUUAUUAUUAUUUUAUUUUUCUAUUUUCACCCCCACCCGCCCCUCUCUCCCGUGUCCUUGCUCUUCAGGAUGGCGGAAGCAGAGUUGCACAAGGAGAGGCUCCAAGCCAUAGCAGAGAAAAGGAAGAGGCAGACAGAAAUAGAAGGCAAGAGACAACAGCUUGAGGACCAGAUACUUCAGCUGCAGCAUUUCAAGUCAAAAGCUCUUCGGGAAAAAUGGCUGCUACAGGGAAUUCCUGCUGGCUCUGCAGAAGAGGAAGAAGCCAGAAGGAGGCAGUCAGAAGAGGAUGAGCUGAAGGUGAAAAAGCUGGAAGAAAACAUACACAGGCUGGAACAAGAAAUACAGAAAUUAGAAAGUGAGGAAUCCCAAAUAUCUGCCAAAGAACAAAUCAUUUUGGAGAAACUAAAGGAGACUGAGAAAUCCUUCGACAACUUGCAAAAGAGUUUCUCACACCAGGAUGGUGAUGCAGUAAAUUACAUUUACUCCCAGAUCCCUGAACUCCCAACCCUCUAUUCACGAACAGCAGAGCCAGUUCCUGGGCGGGACGGAGCAAGCAGAGUAGCUGCUUUGUGCACCAUGGAAAUUAAUGUGGAGAAAGACAAACAGACAGGAGAGACCAAGAUUGUCUCUGCUUCACCUAUUGGCCCAGAUGAGGCCCAUCAAAGAGGAUUCAAAGUCUAUGAUGAUGGUACCAAGGUAGUCUAUGAGGUUCACUCUGGUGGCACAGUGGUAGAAAAUGGAGUACAUAAAUUAAGCUCAAAGGAUGUAGAUGAACUUAUGCAAAAAGCUGGACAAUCAAGUGUAAAAGGAGGGUAUGAAACAAUGACUGUGUCAGACAGAAAUGUGGUAGCUGAUGGAAACCUUAGCCAUAUGAAGGAGCAAAUGCUCUUCAAGGAGGCAAAGCUGGAAAUGGUACACAAACCCACCAAAGGGCAUGCUCUGAAUCCUCAGUCCCAAGACAAACCCUGUGGUGGCGAAGCCCCAGAGGCCAGCGCAGAUCAGCCAGUGACAAUGAUAUUUAUGGGCUACCAGAACAUCGAUGAUGAAGAGGAGACAAAGAAAGUGCUAGGCUAUGAUGAGACCAUCAAGGCAGAGCUGGUCCUGAUCGACGAAGAUGAUGAGAAGUCACUGCGAGAGAAAACCGUGACGGACAUCUCCACCAUGGACGGGAACGCCGCUGAGCUGGUCUCUGGCAGGCCGCUGUCGGACACGACAGAGCCCUCCUCUCCCGAGGGGAAGGAAGAGAGCCUGCCCUUGGAAGCCACCCCAGGCGCAGGAGGAUUGGAUAAGCUGCCGAGGGGCCUCCUGGGACCGUGCUCCUGUGAAAGUCACGAAGCAGAGGAGGGUGCAGAGAAAUCUUCCAGAAUCCCUGAGGAUGACAUCAGGUUGAGAAAAAACAGAGACCAAAACUGUGCCAAUUUCUUGGAGCCAGCUACUGUGCUUGCUGGAAAGGAAGAGAAAAUGGAAAUUGAAGUUCCAGUUCCUGAACACAAAAGCAUCACCACAGUGGCUUCACCACAUCCCAUAGAAAAUCAAACCCACUUCUUUUCCCCUGCUGCCAGCCACAAUGGACUUAAGGACAGGCAUGAAUCUCUGGACAGUGAAGUUGCUAAAGAGAUCAGAUACCUAGAUGAAGUGCUGGAGGCAAAUUGCUGUGAUUCUGCUCCAGAUAAUACCUUUAAUGGGACAUCGUCCCCUGAACCAAGUGCAGUCUCCAUUAUGGAUGGCUCAGGAGCAUCUGUUAAUGACUCAGUACCCAUUGAAAGGGACAAAAAUGCAGCUGACAAGCAGGCACCCUUGGUGGCUGAACCAUGUCACAGUAGCAUAACAGAUGGGAACCUGAAAUCUAAUGGCCAUUCCUUGAGUGGACUAAAAGAAGACACUAGGGAGAGUCUGAAGGUGCCAGGAAGUCCCGCUUCUUCAAACAGCUCUAGAAGAUCCUCUAAGGAUGGAGAAUCAACUCUUACAACCCUUAAAAAAGAGGCUAAGUUUGAACUACGAGCGUUCCAUGAAGACAAAAAGCCCUCAAAACUCUUUGAAGACGAGGAAGAGAAGGAAAAAUACAGAGUCCGCAAAGUGAGACCUUCAGAGGAGAUGAUGGAACUUGAAAAGGAAAGAAGGGAGCUCAUUAAAAGCCAGGCUGUCAAGAAAAACCCCAACAUAGCUGCCAAAUGGUGGAACCCUCCCCAGGAGAAGACCCUGGAGGAUCAACUGGAUGAAGAGCAUCUGGAGUCUCACAAGAAGUACAAGGAGCGCAAGGAGAGACUGCAGCAGCAAGGUGGAACACCAACAUCUCCCAAACAGGUCAGCUGCUCCUUUGUACCACCAGAGCCAGUCAAUAUCAAUAAAGAAGAUAUUGUCACAGAACAAAUUGACUUCUCAGCUGCCAGAAAGCAGUUCCAGCUGAUGGAGCAUUCAGGUCCAUCUCAGGGUCAGGCCCCACCGAGGCGGUCAGGAGCACCCAAAAUGUUCUCCAUCAAACCCUUCUACAAAAGCCUCAAUUCUCCACAGGUAGACAGGCCCUUGUCCUCCGUGGUAAGACCUGUUUCAGUGUGUGGGCAAACAGGACAGCUUGAGGGUAACAAUGCCACUGUUGUCAAAGCACAGAAGGUCUCUUGUACCUCAGAAGAUGAUACAAGUGCUCAGACUACCCCUACUGAUGCAGUAAGAGAGUUACCAUGCAGUGAUAGCCCCAGAGCUGGACAGGCCUCGAAACUGUGGGCAGAGGACGGAGAAUUCAUGAGUGCAAGAGCAGUCUUCACCGUAGUGAAGGAUGAUGGACAGAGUGUGCUGGACCAGUUCCCAAAGUCAGCCAGCGCCCCUUCCCCUCCAGAGGAGCUCGACUCUGGUUUGGAUGACUUGUCUGUAAGGUCUCAGGAUACCACCGUCUUGGAGACCCUUUCCAAUGACUUCAGCAUGGAUAACAUCAGCGACAGCGGUGCCUCCAACGAGACCAUGAGCGCCCUGCAGGAAAGCUCCCUGGCUGAUUUCUCCCUGCCGCAGACCCCGCAGGCCGACACUCCAGCGGAGUGCAGGGGUGAAGGCAUCUCCAAGUCCUUCAGCGACCCGGGCUGUGACUCGCUGUCCUCUGCCUUGGCAGACUCCAUGCUGAUUGAUGACCAGCUGGAGUACCAUGCUGGCCUGCUCGUUCAGAACGCCAUCCAACAAGCCAUAGCCGAGCAGGCAGAUAAAGCAAACUGCAAGGAAGAGGAAAACCCAGCAGGGAAGAUCUCAGUCAAGGAGCAGCCAGCCACCACCAGGCCAGCCCCAGCCUCCAAGGAGCAGCAGAACCCAAUGUUCAAGCCACCCCAGGUGUCUUCACCUGUUCAGGAAAAAAGGGACACCGUACCAAAGACUUCAAAAGAUGAAGACUCAGGACUCAGGGAAGGGAAGGGUUUGCAGCAAUCACCUGUCUACUCAGCCAGCCAGCCGUUCUUUGUGGAGGAAAACAGGCACGAGGUCAGCUAUUUCAGCAAGUAUUCAGAGGCAGCUGAGCUGAGGAGCACUGCCUCCAUCCUGGCCACACAGGAGCCUGAAGUGACCGUCGGCCCUUUCAAGUUACGGUCAAGGAAACAGAGGACUUUGUCGAUGAUAGAAGAAGAGAUCAGAGCUGCCCAGGAGCGAGAAGAGGAGCUGAAGAGGCAGCGGCAAGGCCUGCAGGUGGCACCCAGCCCUGUUACCAAGAGCGCACCCCCCAUGCCCUCCAGAACCGUGUCUUACAAAACUGCACCAGGAAAGAUAGAGAAGAUCAAGCCUCCUCCAUCCCCCACCACAGAAGGCCCUGUCUCACAUUCUGACCAACCACCUGAGGAGCCUGCAGGAGCCCAGCGACCCAAGAACCUGAUGCAGACCCUCAUGGAGGAUUAUGAAACUCAUAAAACUAAGCGACGAGAAAGGAUGGAUGACAGCAGUUACACCUGUAAAUUACUGUCUAGCAAGGUUACCUCUGAGGUCCUGGAGGCCACCAGGGUGAACCGCAGGAAGAGUGCUCUGGCGCUGCGCUGGGAAGCCGGCAUUUAUGCCAACCGGGAGGAGGAUGAGUAACCACACUCCAGCGUGGAGACAGCAACCAGGCAUGCUGAAACCAAAAAAAAAAACAAAAAAAAAGAAAGGAAGAGAAGAAAAAAAAAAAAAAAAAAAAAAGGAAAAAAGACAGAAAAACCACCACGAAAGCAGCAGCAUUUUAGUCCCAAUAUUUAUUAAAUACACAACAGACUCAAUGAUGCACAUAGACGCAGAGAUGAUCCGACUCCUGGCAAUCCUAGAACAACAGGAGAAACCGUCCUAGAACAGGCCCCCCAUCUCCUUCCCUCCAUCCCCCGUCUGAAAUCAUGCGAUGGGGAGGUUGCAGGGGGUGGGAGCCCUCAGGGGGAGACACAAAGGGGCCAUUGUCCCCAUGGACCAGGGGGGGCUGCAGGCACAUGGCAGGAGGUCGGCAUGGAGGAGCCGGCAGCCAGGGGCUCACGUUCAUGCUUCCCACUGGCUGAAGUGACAUCCCGGCAUUCCCCCCGGGACCAUGCCCCCCCCAGCAGCUCCACGGUCCCCCCAGCAGCUCCCAGCAAACCCUCCUGCAGUUCCUUCGCCUCCCACAGCCGCUGCACAAGAGACCAUCAGCGUUACUUUGGCGUACUCCUCCCCAGCCACAAAACACAACAAUACUGCCCUCUGUUGCUGUUUCUUUGAAGGGACUGAAGGGUUUUCGGGAUUGGGAUGGGUUUUUUUUUUGGGGGGGGGAGUGGGUUCUGCUCCCCUUUCUAGUAAUUUAUCUGUUUAAAAGGAACAAAACAAAACAGGGAGGCAGUUAUUGCAAAUGUACAAUCCAGUAGACUCAAUAAAACAGUCCUUGUGUUGCAAACACAAACCACCACAAUUUAGGAGUGGAAUAGAUGGGGAUGAGAGCUAAGCCAAAUGGAAUACCUUAGCUUUAGGAUCCUAUAUGCUUGCAAUAUCACCUGAGCUCCAGGUUCUCAGAGCAUAUUUACCUAACAAUGUUUCUAAAUAGAAAAAUUUUAUUUAGAGGAUGACAACUAUUUUUUGAUGGUGGGGAGGGAAAAGAAUGGCAUAUUGUGUAAAAUCUGUGAAGAUGGAUAAUUUGAAGUAGAAAGGUAGUGGGAAAGGAAUACAAAUAAAGGACAUUUAAUUUUAAAAUGAGGCAAUAAUUGAACUAAGCCAGACUGGCCUAGAAAGAGGUAUGAAAUAAAGAAGAUAGUUACUUCUUCGACUAUAUUUAUACAAGAUAAGAAGCCUUUGAAGUAGAGUGCUUUGUGGAAGUCUUCAUGUUUCCAGGCAACAAAAAGCUAAAGGGCAUAAUGAGUUGGAAGGAGUGAGCAAGGAAGAGCGGACAAGGGAAGAAAACAUGCUUGCCAUUCAGCCAGUGUUUUCAGUGCUACAAGCAAACCAUAGAGCCUUUAGUCAUUGCUUAGGCUUGGGAUCAGCAGUGAAGGAUUAGUGUGGAUCUGGGGGGGGGCGGGGGGAUUGUGUGCGUGUGUAUGUGUGUGUGUGGGUGUGUGUGUGAGGCUGGCAUACCAGAAAGGGUAUGGCAGAGCGUGUACCGAGUAUUUUCUCCAAAGCUGUUUACCAGCUAUAGGGGUGAGUGCUAAUUUCUUUUUUUUUUUUUCCCUUUUUUUUUUCCUUUUUUUUCUCAAAGGGGAUAUAAAAAACAAGGCACUGAGUUAAUGCAGUAUUUGUGAUAUUGAAAUUUGACCCAACAUAGUAUUUGCAUGAGUCACAAUUGCAGAGUAUUGACCAGUUUUGUAAGCUGACAAUUAGGAAAACAAAUGUGGUAUUUAUUCUUGUGCUUUGUAUUUGUAUUUAGUAUAGAGGCUGCGGGUUUACUCUUUCUUUUCAUGCAAGCAAUACUAUAGUAAUAUUUUACAACUGGGAACCAUAAUUUCUGGACUAGAAACCAACAAAUUUGGGAGGUGACAGAAAAAAAAGACACUCAGCUGUUUUCUAUAUCAAAUAUUCUGCCUUUUUUAUAAGCAAACAAUUAUUAUUUUGACAUCUUUUAAAAAAAAUAGUCAGCCAGGGUGCUGGUCCUCCCUUAAGCCUUUCUUUGAUUUGCUGUGCUGUUUUAUCCUAAAACAGUGCUAAUUUAAAAUGAGUACUGAUACUGUGAACAUACUUCUGGUGCUUUUCUUACACAAACACAGAGCUCACAACUGAAUUAUUCCCCACUUCCCAUAAUUUCCUUCAGCUUGUGAUUUCUGUCCAUUUUGAGGCUCAUUUUCAGGGAAUUGUAGCAAAUACAAUUAAAUAUAUAUAUACAUAUACAUAUAUAUAUAUAUAUGUAUACACACACACCAAUUAACUCAGUUCUGUCAAUUGUCUCCCUAAGUGCUAUUGAACAGAAGAAAACCCUGCUGAACGGAGUGUUCACUGUGAUAAGGGCAGCAAGCUUAUCUCAAGGAUCCUGUCUCAACCCUGGUGCUUAGGAGGCACCAUGCCCAUGAAGGAAUCUCAUACCUAAGGAAGUGGACCUCUUGUUUAGACAUGGCAACCAACAGUGAAGUGUGAGCCACGUCUGCCGGCGGGUUGCUACCAUGAGGCUGAAGCAGCAGCAAUUCCACCACUGCAGCGUGCUAGUGAGGACACACGUCCUGUAGCUGCAUCUGUGAGCUCUGCACAUCUGUACCAAGAGGAGUCCUGGCUCCCUUCACCCUUGGGGAGAACUUAAGUGACACUGGGAAAAGGGUUUCCUGAGCAGAGGAGAUGGCCCCUGUGCAUACAGUGUGGUGGUCUUGUACCAAAGGAUGCUUACGAGAAUCCACCCACCCAGUAUUUGCUCCCUGAAAUCAGGGCAGCCGUGGUUUCCUAUAUCUUUAUUUUCUUUAACCUUUGCUACGUCCUCCCCUACUGCCACAAUCAGCCCCCAGUCUUUGAAGUGAAAAUUGAAUUGUUCCCCCGGAAAGAGGAUGUGGUGGGGGCAAGAGGCCAGGCAGGAGUUCUCUGAAGUAGAAGCGUUUACUUUCAGCCCCUUGACAAAAGUAUUUGCAUGUAUCAGUCCAGGAGAGCCAAACUUUCCACCCAGCAGAGUUUUUCUCUUCCAGAAAUUAUGGACACUUGUAGUCAGUGGCACACGCUCAGUGCUGUGGUGACACAAGUGUGAUGCAGUUUACUUGCCUCUGUUAUUUCAUUUGCAUGCUACCAAGCUAAGGUGUUUAUAAGUAUAUGCCAGUAAUACAUAUCUAUCUAUAUAUUACUAUAUCAAAUGCAACAAAAGAGUACUAUUGCAGAGUUAACUUUGUCUCCACAAAAGAAAUGCUCAGAUCCUUUCCCGUGGCAAAGACUGGUUUUAAUGAAACUGUGUAUUGAGAAAUAGAUAAGCAUUAGCAUUUGUGAUUAUAAUCAGUUUGGGGUUACAGCGCAGGUUUUCUGAACAAUUUGUUUUAGACGCUGCCAGUUUGGGCUUCAUCUUGUACUGACAUUAUCUGAAGGAAGAUAGAGUAGCAUUGGUGUGUUUGGCAACCAAAAGGCAGCAUCCUUGUCAUGACUUACCAACCAGUUUCAACGAUACCUGGCUUUCUGUAUGUUAACCACUUAAGUGUUAUCCUGCUUCUGUUUUAUAGUGACUGUGAGGCCUACAAUGCAAGUAUAUAAUUAUUUUCUCAUUAAAACAGAAACCUGUGUUGUGUUUCUAUAAAA